AUGGCUCCUGGGUACACAGCGGAAGAAAAGAAGUGGCUGAAAGAUAACUGGGGAAACGAGUUCCAUUUCUUGAUUUCCUACGGGCUUCGCAUUUACAACGACGAAGAUCGCGAGGAGGGCAAGCUGAUCUUGCGAGCAAUCAUGGAAGCCGAAGCAUCUGCGUCAAGCACUUCCCAAGCGGGUGCUCAGGCUGCUGAAAAGCCCAACAAGUCGAUCUCCACCUGA